AUGUCGACAAUUGAUAUUGAACACGUGCUCUCAGAGCUAUCCCUAAAUGAGAAGGUCUCAUUACUUUCAGGAGUCGAUGGCUGGCACACAACAGCAAUCCCGCGAUUGGGAAUUCCCUCAAUUCGCAUGUCAGAUGGACCAAAUGGUGUUCGAGGCACCCGCUUUUUCAACGGAGUUCCUUCAGCCUGUUUGCCCUGUGCCACAGCACUAGGCGCUUCAUUUGACACCGAGCUCAUCCUUUCCCUUGGAAAGCUUCUUGGAUUAGAAUGCAAGGCAAAGGGGGCACAUGUUCUCCUAGGUCCGACAAUCAAUAUCCAACGAGGCCCACUGGGAGGUCGGGGGUUUGAAUCCUUCUCAGAAGAUCCUGUACUUUCGGGCUCCUUGGCUGCUAGUUAUUGUUUGGGUGUACAGUCCGAGAAUGUGAUCCCGACACCGAAGCACCUUGUAUGCAACGAUCAGGAGCAUGAGCGUGUGGCUGUCAGCGCCCUUGUCACUGAGCGUGCUCUUCGGGAGAUAUAUCUACUUCCCUUCCAGCUAGCCAUCACGGGCGCUAAUCCUGGGGCACUUAUGACCUCGUACAACAAGGUGAACGGAUGCCACGCCAGCGAGAGUCCUGAUCUGCUCCAGGAUGUUGUUCGGAAGGAAUGGGAUUAUAAAGGCCUUAUCAUGAGCGAUUGGUUUGGCACCUAUAGUGUGUCUGAGGCCGUCAAUGCUGGGCUAGAUCUCGAAAUGCCUGGCCCUUCUCGGUUUCGGGGGCCGGGCUUGGUGCAUGCCAUCACAUCCAACAAGGUCUCAGAGAGGACUAUCAAUGAUCGGGUCCGCGGUGUGUUAGAGCUGAUAAAACAAACAACCAGCUCGGAAAUCCCUGAAAACGCACCCGAAGUUCAACGGAACCUUCCCGAAGAUAAAGCAUUGCUCCGCAGAGCAGCCGCCGAGUCUAUUGUUCUUCUCAAGAAUAAUGAUCAGAUCCUUCCUCUUGAUCCGACCAAGAAGACCCUCGUGAUCGGACCUAAUGCCAACAUUGCAGCAUACUGUGGCGGAGGCUCUGCGGCUCUGCCGGGCUAUUAUGCUAUUACACCCCUAGAAGGAAUCAAUAGCAUCUGUACCGGGCACGUAGUCUUCUCACAGGGAGUGUAUAGCCACAAAGAGCUGCCACUUCUAGGGGACCAGCUGAAAACCGAAGAUGGUCGGCCCGGAUAUAUAUUCAGUGUGUUUACCGAGCCUUCUUCCAACAAAGACAGAAAGGCAGUUGAUAUCCUCCACAUGAACAGCAGCUCCGCUUUUUUGAUGGACUACAAACAUCCAGAAGUCCAUUCGGACCUCUACUACAUCACCAUGGAAGGGAUAUUUGAGCCCACGGAAAGUGGGAUUUAUGACUUUGGCCUUACGGUAGCCGGUACCGGAGAUCUCUUCGUCGAUGGCGAAAAGGUAGUCGAUAACAAGGCCAAUCAGCGACAGGGAACGUCAUUUUUCGGCAUUGGGACCCCGGAAGAACGCGGCUCCAAGCACCUUGAAGCAAAUCAACAGUACAAGAUACUAGUCGACUACGGUACUGCCCCGACUUCCAACCUGAAAUUACACGGGGUCGUUUCAUUUGGACCCGGAGGACUGCGAGUGGGAGGAUGCAAACGGAUCGACACAGAAUGUGCCAUCCAAGAAGCUGUGGACCUGGCAGCUACAGUUGACCAGGUGAUUGUCUUUGUUGGACUGAGUGGAGAAUGGGAAAGCGAAGGAUUUGACCGUCCACACAUGGAUCUCCCGCCGAUGUCAGAUCAGCUGGUCGAAAGAGUCCUCGCUAUCCAUCCAGAUGCUGUGGUUGUUGUGCAGAGUGGAACGCCUGUGACAAUGCCGUGGGCUCGGGACGUGAAGGCCCUUCUUCACGCAUGGUAUGGUGGGAACGAAACAGGAAACGGUAUUGCCGAUGUCAUCUUUGGAAAUGUGAAUCCGUCUGGCAAACUUCCUCUCAGCUUCCCAGAGUCGAUCGAGCAAAACCCGACAUACUUGUCUUAUCGAUCAGAAGGAGGACGAGUGUUGUACAGCGAGGACAUCUACGUCGGUUAUCGGUACUAUGAAAAGAUCAAAGUGAAGCCUCUCUUUGGCUUCGGCUACGGCCUCUCUUAUACAAUAUUCUGUCUUUCGGGGCUUGCUGUGUCGCAGCCGUUGGAGGCCCGGAACAGAGUUAAAGAAGAAGUGCUGGAAGUGUCCGUCUCAGUGGAGAAUAUUGGGUCUUGCAGUGGUGCAGAGACUGUUCAAAUAUACAUAUACCCACCUACCCACGCCAGUAUUUCCCGCCCUGUGAGAGAGCUCAAGGGGUUUAAAAAGGUCAAAUUGCAACAGGGCGAGAAACAGGAAGUCAUGAUCACUAUCCCAAUAGCUCUGGCUACCAGUUUCUGGGAUGAGAGGCAGUCUGCUUGGCUUAGCGAAGCGGGAGAGUAUACAGUCACUGUCGUUGGGACUGGUGAGCAGAACGUUCUCUCAACAGGAUUUGUGAUUUCCCGUACUAGGGAAUGGAAGGGGUUGUUUGAUUUUGUAACUCCUGCUGCAUCCCAGUGUGUCAAUGGAAAUGGAGAGUAG